AUGCUUGAAACAUGUUUGGUUCAAUGGAAAAUUGAUAAAGUGUUGACUGUGAGUGUUGAUAAUGCAUCGGCAAAUAAGGUUGCCAUUGAUUAUUUGAGGAGAAAAAUUGCCAAUUGGGCUGUACCCCCUGUUUUGGGAGGCAAGCAUAUGCAUGUUAGAUGUCUUGCACACAUUUUAAACUUGAUUGUGAAAUCUGAUUUGACUAUACUAGAUAGAGCAAUAGCUAGUAUAAGGAAUGCGGUAAAAUAUGUUAGGAGCUCUUCCUCUAGAUUAGAUGUGUUUAAGUUGUGUGUUGAAAGAGAAGUGCCUGAAUGCACCAAGGUGUGUAUUCUUGAUGUUCCAACAAGGUGGAACUCUACAUAUUUGAUGUUAGAGACUGCAAUUCAGUUAAAGAAGGCAUUUGACAGAUUGGCAGAAGAAGAAGAUGUGAAAUAUACAAACUACUUUGAUGAGGAUGAGGAACUAUUAGAAGAAGAAGCUGUUCUUGAAGAGGCAAAGCGCAGAAAACAGAUGAAGAGGGUAGGGCCUCCAAAAGAAGAAGAUUGGGAGAGGGCUGAGUUGUUUGUGGGGUUUCUGAAAGUUUUCUAUUAUGUUACACUCCGGAUUAGUGCAGCUACUAAGCCUACUGUACAUAGAGCAUUUCACGAUAUUGUUGUUGUAAAUGCAGAGAUUAAUGCAUUAUUUAGGACGCCGGAAAUGCAAGAUGGAAGUGAAGGUGAGAAACUUAUGGUUGAGAUGGCUUUGAAGAUGGGGACAAAGUUCCAGAAGUAUUUUGAUAGCAUAGAUGAUGUGAAUCAGCUGCUGUUAGUAGCCUUGGUUUUGGACCCUCGAUAUAAACUUAGGAAUCUUGAGCAUAUUUGUGUGAAAUACCUGCAAUUUGACAAUGAAAGUGUGAAAAGAAAAUAUGCCGAAGUGAAGGAGUUGUUGGUGUCUUUGACAUAUUUGUAUGCAUCAUCGACUGCUACUCAAAAUGGUCAAAAAAAUUGA